UUUUUUAUUUUGUAUCCCGUUUUACGUAUAUAUAUAUAAUGGCUUCUCGUAUAUCAAGUUUACGAACAUUAAUGCCGAGGUCGACGAUGGGUCGACGCCAGUUGGCUACAGCAACACAGUUAUUACCUACUCUUCGAAAAACAGUAUUACCCAAUGGUUUUACAGUGGCAACUGAAGAAAAUUCUGUCGCUCAAACGGCUACAGUUGGUGUUUGGAUCGAUGCUGGCUCAAGAGCUGAAAACUUGAAAAACAAUGGAUCUGCUCAUUUUUUAGAACAUAUGGCUUUCAAGGGAACAAAAACUCGAUCACAAAGGGACCUUGAACUACAAAUUGAAAACAUGGGUGGUCACCUCAAUGCAUAUACGUCUAGAGAACAAACUGUUUAUUAUGCCAAAGCAUUCAAAUAUGAUGUACCUCAAGCAGUGGAAAUCUUAUCCGACAUUUUACAAAACUCACGACUGGAUUUGGGUGCUAUUGAACGGGAACGUGAUGUGAUCUUACGGGAACAAGAAGAAGUGGAAAAACAAAUGGAAGAAGUUGUAUUUGAUCACUUGCAUGCUGCCGCUUUUCCAAAAGAGCCAUUAGGAUUGACUAUUUUGGGACCCAAGGAAAAUAUUCAAUCCCUUACACGGGAGGAUCUAUCAAAUUAUAUUCGAACCAACUAUACUGGUGAACGCAUGAUUUUGGUUGGUGCUGGCGGUGUGGAUCAUGAUGCUUUAGUUGAUUUGGCUCAACAAUACUUUGGACAAUUACCUAAUGUACGUGAUGCUGCAUCAAGCAAAAGUGCUAUGAAAAAGGCUGUAUUCUCUGGCUCUGAAUUUAAAUUACAAGAUGACAAGGCAACUCAAGCUCAUAUUGCAGUGGCGGUUGAAGGUGCUAGCUGGACAUCUCCUGAUUAUUUCCCUCUCUUGGUGAUGCAAUCAAUCAUUGGUUCAUGGGAUCGUUCGUUAGGAGCAACUGGACAUAUUGCUUCUGGUUUGUCAUCCAUGGUUCAUAAUCAUCAACUGGCCAACUCUUUCAUGUCUUUCAACACCUCUUAUAAGGAUACUGGUCUUUGGGGUCUAUAUAUGGUGACAGAAAAUACAGAUCGUAUUGAUGAUCUUCUCAAAUGUACUCGUAAUGAAUUCCAUCGACUUUGUACCUCAGUAACAGCGGAAGAAAUCGAACGUGCAAAACAACAACUCAAGGCUGGUCUUCUUUUGGGCUUGGAUGGUUCUACUCCUAUUGCUGAAGAUAUUGGUCGUCAAUUAUUGACUUCUGGUGAUCGCAUGUCUCCAAAACAAGUAGAAGAAGCUGUUUCAAAUGUAUCGGUGAAUGAUGUUCGACGUGUGGCUACUCAAUAUUUGAAUCGUGAUGCUGCUAUUGUUGGUAUUGGUCCUGUGGAAAAGAUGACCAAUUUUAAUCUUAUUCGUUAGAAAUAUUUUUCCCUAGAUAGAUUAUUUUUACACCUUCUUUUUAUUAUUUUUAUUAUUAUUGAAUAUUAUUUUUCUAUUCUAUUCUAUAUUCCAUUUGUAUUUGUUUCAAGCACCAUUCAAAUAAUCAUAAUAAAGAAGAAGAAAAAAAAAA